CAAAAAAAGUGACUGCCUCAACGAUCGACAUAAUUUAUCCGAGAUUAUGAUAUGAUAUAAUCUAAAGUGACUGCCUUUGGCUUCAAUCAAUAUUAGAUUAGGUGGUGGCGGCUGCUACCUUUGUUUUGCUCGUUGGGUACCUUCCGAGAAGGUUCUUCACUAUAAAAUUCUCUCCUUAAAAGGGUUCAACUUGAUUUAUCUUCUUUCUCAUUAGAAGGGUUGAUUUUUAUUUGUCUACUUUUCUCAAACUUUGGUUUAUCCUUUUUUUUUUUUCUCGAAACUUUACUCACUGAUCUCUCUUGCUCUUAACAGUUGGUCUUGAUUUUUCUCUCUUUCUAUUUCUAGGUUCUACUAGUUUUCUCGAGGUUGUUUUUCAUGGAUACCCUUUUCGAAGAUUUACAUGGUUCCAUGAACAAUAAUUUCAGAUUUGAACAUGACCACCAUAAUCUUGAUCAUGGUUUUUAUAAAGGUAAUCGUGAAUUUAUCGACCCUGUUUCACCGCCCACCAAUUCAGAUCUUCAGGGUGAGCCUUCUCCAUCUUCAGGCUCAGGCUCAAGUUCGGAGGGUGAUUCUGUAGAAAGCAGUGAGUUUAGCAAUGCUAUUAUUCUCAGAUUUAUCAACGAGGUACUUAUGGAUGAACAAGAAGACCUGGAAAAGAAGCCCUGCAUGUUGCACGAUUGUUUGGCUCUCCAAACUGCUGAGAAAUCUUUCUAUGAUGUCAUCGGUGAAGAGUACCCCUCUCCACUCCCUUGUUUGGAUAGAAAUUUUGAUGUUCCAAACGAUCAAUAUGUUCAGAGCUUCAGUACCGACAGCAGCAUUGAAUCUAUCACAGCUACUAGUCUAAGCAACCUGGAUGUCGCCGAAUCCAAUUGGGCCUGGAAUCAAGAUGAAGUUGGACCCUUUACUGUCCAAAACUCCAUUAUUGAGUCACCUGAAGAUACCCUUUUAACCCCAGAUUCAUCUUGGCAUCUGGGAGGAAAAGCUGUUGCACAAGGGAAAUCUGGUUUCUUUCUUCCAACGAAAUUGAACGGGACAGCUUUUGCCAUCCAAGAAAAGAACCAAAGCCAUUCAACCACAGUAAAUGGAUCAGAAGGAAAGAAAGGUCAUCAUCGUCAUAGAGAGUUUGGCAGUGAUAGUCCAGAAGAAGAAGAAGAAGAAGGAAGAAGAACCAAACAUACAGCUGUAUACCCCGACUUCUCUGAGCCAACAGAGAUCUUUGAUGAGGUACUCCUCUGUCCUAAGCCAACACUACAUGACAAAGAGUCUUGUGGUUUGGAUGAAAAGGAAGACAACAAGCCAAGGCAACAGAGGAAAAAGCAGCAGCAGACAAAGAGAACGAAGCAGAAGAAACGAAACAGCAACCAUGGAUUGGUGGACUUCACCUCACUUCUAACGCAAUGUGCACAAGCUGUGGCUAGCUAUGACCAAAGAACAGCAACCCAACUCCUUAAACAGAUAAAAGAUCACUCUUCUCCUCACGGCGACGAAAGCCAGAGAUUAGCUUAUUACUUUGCUAAUGCUCUCGAGGUACGCUUAUCUGGAGGGACUCCGUCGUAUAAUCAUCUUGGCAGCAAUGGAGCUUCAGCUUAUGAUCUCUUGAAAGCAUAUCAAGUCUACAUCACCGCAUGCCCAUUCAAAAGAAUGUCACAAAUUUACGCCAACAGAACUAUUCUAAAGCUCUCGGAGAAAGCAAAUAGACUUCACAUAAUCGAUUUUGGUGUUCUUUAUGGCUUCCAAUGGCCUUGCCUUAUCCAACGCCUCUCUGAAAGACCAGGCGGCCCUCCUAUGCUGCGCUUCACAGGAAUCGAGUUUCCUCAGACGGGUUUUCGGCCUUCUGAAAGGGUCAUCCAGACGGGUCGGAGAUUGGCCAACUACUGCGAGAGAUUCAAAGUCCCUUUUGAGUGUAACAUGAUAGCACAGAAAUGGGAAACUGUUAAAAUCGAAGACUUGAAGCUGGACAGGAAUGAGUUGACUGUAGUUAACUGCUUGGACCGCAUGAAGAACUUGCCUGAUGAAACAGUAAUAGAGGAUUGUCCUAGAGACGAAGUGUUGAGACUGAUAAGGAGAAUAAACCCGACUUUGUUCAUCCAUGGCGUGUUGAAUGGGAAUCACAAUGCGCCUUUCUUCUUGACUCGUUUCAGAGAAGCUCUGUUCCAUUUCUCCGCUCUGUUCGACAUGUUUGAAGCGAGUUUACCAAGAGAAGACCAGCACAGACUGAUGUUUGAGCAGGAGGUGUUCGGUCGUCGAGACGUCAUGAAUGUGGUGGCUGGAGAGGGUAUAAAGAGAGUGGAGAGGCCGGAGACUUAUAAACAAUGGCAAGUGAGGAAUUUGAGAGCUGGGUUUAGGCAGGUUGGUUUGGAUGGUGAACUUGUUAAGUUAGUGAGGAACAUGGUCAAGAAACAUUACCAUAGGGACUUUGUCGUUGAUGAGGAUGGAAUGUGGAUGUUGCAGGGUUGGAAAGGUCGUAUUUUCCAGGCCAUGUCUUUUUGGCAACCUGCUUAAUCUUUCGAGCUUCCAUAGCAGUACUACGUAGUACGUACUACGUAGCUUUUGGAAAUGAGUGCAUGCCACAACACUACACGUUGGCUCGGCAACUGGUUUGAGAAUACCUGGAAUAUUACAAGUGAUCAAUCAACUCAUGUUUAGCUCUGGCACUGAUAUCUUGAAAUGGAUCCUCAACCCCAGAACAAUUUUGGCAACACUUCUGUGGAUCACAACCACUUUGCCCAUUUAGCUGGUCCGUUUUUUGAUGCAGGAGACCUUAGAAUCUUUGUGGAUGCAGCAAUACACUGCAUCUCCCCGUUUAGAAUCUCCAUGCAAAUCCAGUGCAUCUUCACCGCUUGGGGCUGAAACUAAAGCCCUCUUCUCAGCUCUUUCUAGCCUGCUUGGCCGUUUAGCUUCCUUGUUUCUUUAGUGCCUUUUCAUUUCAGUUACAGUUGUUUGGGAACCUAGAGCUAGAAAAACAGGUCAGCUCACCAUUUGGCCGCAUGAGCUGCCUCUGUUAAUCACUCUGGUUUGAUUCAGUAUGGGAGGUAGAUUCUUUUGUAUCUACUAUUUACCAUAUGCUUCUUUGGUUAAAAAUAAAAAAAGAACAUCACACGUUGUGACUAUGUAACAUACUUAAUUCAUGAUAUAAUCGAACUUAUUUGCAUGCAUCA